AGACUUGACUAUCAGUAAUAAAAAUGGUCUAUCAACAUUCUAUAUUGCAUUGAUUAGAAAUGAAAUUGGUUCUGUAAAAGAAUUAAUAAUAACCGAUGAUGAAAGUCAGAUGAAUAGACUGAGAUUACACUUGUUUGAUUGUUUGUUUGAUAUAAGACACGGUGACGUAAUGACUGAUAGUAAGGAUGACGUGAUGGUGACACGGAGACGUGUAUGGCGUAUGAAGAAAGGGGGGAAUUAUAAGAUAUGGGGAGCUGUUUAUAAGGCAUUAAGAAAAAGUAAUUGUAAGAGUAUGGAGGGAGAGAAUAUGUAUUGCAGACGGGAUAUUUUGUAUUAUUCAAUCAUAAAAAGUGACUGUAAGGGUUUAAAGCAUAUUGUAUGUUUAGGUCUUGAUGUCAAUCAGUGGAUACAGUUGUAUGAUGACAAUGAAAGGUCUGAUUGGAGAGCUCUGCUGUUCACAUUGAUUGAUGAGAUGUAUCAUUACGGAAGAUUAAUAGAUAAUGUAAUGGUUCUCCUGGAGGCGGGGGUGGAUGUCAAUGUCAGGGUGAGGUACAGUGAGUAUGAUUCUUUGUUAGACAGAGAGGGGGUGUCUGUUCUAGAGAGGACAAGACGACUGGUGAGUGAGGUAAGAAAAAGUUGGUUUGUGUUUGAAAGAGAGGAAGUGACAAAUUACAGAAGAGUGCUUAAUGAAGUAAAGAAACAUUUGAGGCGAUACUCUGUGUGAACAGUAUACAAAUUUCCAUAUACUUCAGUAUAUAUUUAUAAGUAUAACAUUCAUAUUUUUGGAAAUCGUAGGUACUAUAACACACCUGGCCGUGCCGACAAAUUGAAUACCAUACAUUAGCAGAGACAUCCAAAAAUAUACAUUCAAUGCUUAUAUUUACAUUUACUAAUUUUCCCUCGUCAUAAUUAUUUAACUUUUUAAUCUUUAAAUUUAAUUUAACGCCCUUCAAA